AUGAAGGAGGCGUUGAAGUGUCUGAAGCACGUCCAGGAGCUGGGCCUCUGCUGCGACGCCGGGCUGGGCUACCUCUUGGGGCCGGACCAGCAGCUCGAAAGCCCGCCGCUGCCGCAUCCAGUUUUCGGCCUGCGCAAUCUGCGGUAUAGGCUGCUGCAGCGGCGCUUGGCGCGAGCCGAGUCGGCCAACAUGAAUGCCCGCAAGCUUGCCUUUGAAAGUCCCCGCGACUUCAAGUACACAGUGCUGGAGUCGAUGGUCAAGGAUGCCGGCUACUCGCAGGAGCAGGUCAAGGAGGCCAUCAACAUGCUUCUCAACACGGAGAACGUCUCGCUGAUGAACAUUGACUUUGACGAGCGCACCGCCUCCGUGCCUGACCUGGCCAUCAACGUCUUUGCCCAGCAACAGCAUCCCAACGUCAACGCAAACCCCGUUGACGGAGACGCAGAAGAUGCUGCGAUCCAGCGCGCGGUGGCUUCGGCGCUGGCUGAUACAACCACCGGCCACCCUCUGCAGCCCAAGAAUCUGACACGGGCCCAGAAAGAGAUGCUUCUGGAGCUCGAGUGGGCUCACCGGGCACUCAUCCAGUCCUACGUCAUUGCCCUCAGCGACAACGCCCGCACAAACGACUUUAGCUCACUGACGACCCUGACGAUCGCCAAGAUACCCAGCAGCCACCUAUUCAUGUUCCAGCGGCAGGACUUUUGGCAGAGCUUGCCGAACCUCACAAACGUCGCCCUCGCAGUCGUGGCAGACUGGCGCCAGGUCGCCAAAGUCGCACCCGGCUGUGUCGAGGACACCUUCGUCUCGCCCGUGGAUGCCGUCGGCAGAGCCUACCGCGUGCUGCGGGACUACAUUGGCAAACAGAAGAAUAUCUCUUACCUACACUUUGAAUGGAUCUGCGGCGGCGAAUUCGCACCGGGUAUCACGCAGCGCAACCACUACGUCCUGCCCGCACCCUUCUGCAUACCCGCGCAUAUGCCGGCGCUCGAAGCCGCCAAGUCGCCAGACCUCUUGCUUUCCCUGCCGCACGUAAAGCAUCUCUCCUUGAAGAACUGUUACAGCGCGCCACACGUAUUCUUGCAGGUGAUCCGGUCCAUGGCCCUCCAGUCUCUGGAGAAGCUGGAGCUGGAGACCGUCUCCCUGGCUGGGCCACCUGUACGACGGCAGGGCUAUGCAGCCUUUUUCCACGGGCACCUGGCCGCUCCCGCUGCUGCCGCACAGCAAGGCCAGCAACAGCAGGUCUGGCAGUUGCAGCCCGUCCAGGCCAACGGGCAGGCUCUCCAGCCGCCACCGUUGCCACCCGCACCCAACCAACCAGGAGCAGCUCCAGCCCAGCUGAUCAAUAUCCCGCUCGGAAUCCUGGCCCAGGGCCCGGCGCAAAUAGCUCAAGCGCUCAACAUCGGUGCCCAGAAUGCCCAGGCACCGGCGCUGGCACAGGCACCGGACCCUGUCACCCCCGAGUGGGACACCAUGCGGCUGCGGGUGCCAGACCUGCUCACUUGGACGGGCGUCAUCGAACGGCUCGCACCAGUGCCUGGCAUUGCAGAAUUGUCGGCUACGCAGGACAAUGACGAUGAAACCGAGGGGCUGGACGAUGCUGCAACGGACGAGGGCUACAAACUCAUUCCCAGGGCAAAUCUCCUGCGCAAGGAGAAGAAGAGCUUUUGUCUCGAGAGCAUGUCAUUCAAGUCGUGUGGGUACGUGGCGCUGGAUGUGCCCUUCAUCGACAACACCAACACGCUGCCGCUGCGCCCCCCGUGGCAGGAGCCGCAAGAGAUCACGACGCGGCGAAGGGAGCUGGCGCCGUUCAUGCAGCACUGCAACGACCGGCUGGCGGCCAAGAUCACCAAUUUCUUGCCGCCGCAGGAGCGUUUCAAUCUGGCGACUGCGUACGGGAUGGACCUGACCUGGGCAUCCUGGUAUGACGAAGAGGUCAUCGAGGCAGCGAAGAGGGACGGUGUCAUGGUUCCCGGCAAGGGCCGCUUCAGCGGCACGAUUACCACGACGGCCAACUAG